CUCCCAUUUAAACGUGCACAUUACAAUAAAUCUCUUGUACUAUUACCAUUGUGUUCACAUUUUCAAAAUGUUUCAGAAAAUGAAGCUUUUAUCAAUGCAUUGUCUAUUUUUGUUCUUUUAUAUGUUUGUUAUGGCCACAACACCUCACGUUUCAGCGAAAAUCCAACGCAGCGAAGCAAAUGCUAUGUUAAAAUGGAAAGAAAGCUUUGACAACCAAAGCAAGGCUUUGCUCUCUUCAUGGAUUGGUAACAAUCCUUGUAGUAGUUGGAAAGGAAUCACAUGUGAUAAUGAGUCAACAUCCAUCUACAAGAUCAACCUCACCAAUAUUGGAGUAAGAGGUACACUUCAACUUCUCAAUUUCUCAUCACUGCCAAAAGUCAGAAACAUAGUUUUAAAAAACAACUCCUUCUAUGGAGGUGUUCCAUCCCAUAUUGAGGUAAUGUCCAAUCUAAAAAUUCUUGAUUUGUCCAAUAAUAAAUUCUCUGGCCGAAUUCCACAUUCAAUAGGUAAUUUAGUUAACUUAGAUACUCUUUUCCUUUAUGGAAAUGAGUUUUCUGGACCAAUUCCUUCUACUAUUGGAAACUUGACAAAACUUGUUAAACUGUCACUUUUUGCAAACCAGUUGAGUGGUAAAAUUCCUAAAGAAAUGAAUAAUCUUACCAAUUUGGAACUUUUGCAAUUCAGCGAUAAUAAGUUCAUUGGUCAUUUACCUGACGACGUGUGUCUAGGUGGAAAGUUGUCACACUUCUGUGCUACUAUUAACCAAUUCACCGGUCGAGUUCCAAAGAGUUUGAGGAAUUGUUCAACUCUUAAGCGAGUUAGACUUGAACAAAACCUGCUAACCGGAAAUUUAGCAGAUAUGUUUGGUGUGUAUCCGAACUUGGACUACAUGGGUUUGAGUGGCAAUAAUUUUUAUGGCCAUAUUUCACCAAACUGGGGAAAAUGUAAGAACCUUACAAGCCUUAAAAUCGCGAAUAAUAAUUUAACAGGAAGCAUACCACCCGAACUGGCGGAAGCAACCAAUUUACAUGUACUAGACUUGUCCUCGAAUCAACUUAUAGGAGAAAUUCCAAAGGAGCUAGGAAACUUAUCUUCAUUGAUCCAACUCUUAAUAAGUAACAAUCAUCUUUCGGGACAAGUUCCUAUACAAAUUGCAUCAUUGCGGGAACUAGCUACCUUGGAUCUUGCAACAAAUAAUUUAAGUGGCUUCAUCCCAGAGCAACUUGGAUGGUUACCUAUGUUAUUGAACUUGAAUUUGAGCAACAAUAAGUUUGAAGGAAACAUUCCUCUUGAAAGUGGCCAAUUACAAGUUAUUGAAAAUCUUGAUCUUAGUGCAAAUUUUUUAGACGGGACCAUACCAUCCAUGCUUGGACAAUUAAAACACUUAGAAACAUUAAAUGUCUCACAUAAUAAUCUUUCUGGUGAAAUUCCCUUUAUCUAUGGUGAUAUGUUAGGAUUGACAGUUGUUGAUAUAUCAUACAACCAAUUGGAGGGUCCGAUUCCAAGCAUUCCAGCAUUCCGAAAAGCUUCAAUUGAAGCACUGAGAAAUAACAAAGGCUUGUGUGGUAACGUCUCUGGCCUUAGGCCUUGCUCAACAUCAAGUGGAAAGGUUCAUGGUCAUAAGCCUAACAAACUUUUGAUGGUUGUCUUACCCCUCACUCUAGGAACUUUAUUGUUAGUAUUAUUUGUUUAUUGGCUCUCAUAUCGUCCCUUCCGAGCUUCAAUCACAGAAGAGUACAGCGGUAGAGAAGUAUUAGACACUAACAAUCUAUUUACAAUAUGGAGUUUUGAUGGAAAAAUGGUGUAUGAGAAUAUUAUUGAAGCCACCGGAGAUUUUGAUAACAAGUAUCUCCUUGGAGUUGGAGGACAUGGUAGUGUUUACAAAGCAGAGUUGCCUACAGGUCAAGUUGUAGCGGUGAAGAAACUCCAUCAAAUACAAAAUGAAGAAAUGACCAAUCUGAAAACUUUUGCAAGUGAGAUCAAAGCUUUAACAAAAAUUCGUCAUCGAAACAUUGUGAAGCUAUAUGGAUUUUGUUUACAUGCUCAACACACAUUUUUGGUCUACGAGUUCUUGGAGAUGGGUAGUAUGGACAAGAUUUUGAAAGAUGAUGAACAAGCAUCAAUAUUCGAUUGGACUAAGAGGUUGAAUGUAAUCAAAGAUGUCGCUAAUGCAUUGUGUUAUAUGCAUCAUAAUUGCUCACCUUCAAUUGUUCAUCGCGAUAUAUCCAGCAAGAAUAUUGUUUUGGAUUUGAAAUAUGUAGCUCAUGUCUCAGACUUUGGAACUGCUAAGUUUCUUAAUCCUGAUUCAUCCAACUGGACUUAUUUUGUUGGCACCUUUGGAUAUGCUGCUCCAGAACUUGCAUACACAAUGGAAGUAAAUGAAAGAUGUGAUGUGUAUAGUUUUGGAGUAUUAACCUUAGAAAUACUUUUUGGAAAGCAUCCUGGAGAUAUUGUAUCUACUUUAUUGCAAUCAAAUGGUAUAAGCUCAACAAUUGAUGUGAUGUUGCUGAUGGAUAAGUUGGAUCAACGUCUCCCUAGUCCUACAAAUGAUACUGAGAAAGAGGUGAUAUCAAUUGUAAGGUUAGCAACUUUUUGCUUGAAUAAAAUUCCACGCACUCGCCCUACAAUGGAGCAGGUUUGCAAAGAGUUUGUAAUGUGAAAAUCGUCAUCAAGGGGUUAACUUUAUACAUAUUAUCAGAAAUAUAGCCAAACACUUUACAAGGGAUGGUUUUUCUAUUGAUUUGUUCAAGAAAAAUUAAUAUGUGUAAUAUGUGUAUUUAUUGAAAACUUGAUUAUGAGCAUUAGCAUACUGGUGGCAGUUUAACUGUCAUGGUCAUCAGUUAGUUAGUGUUGGGCAAUAGUUUGUUAAUCAAUUAGAAGCCAAAUGUAUAUAUAACACUUGGUCUUCCUAUUGUAAUUCAUGCUUUUCAUUAUUGAAUAAUGCAAGAAUCCUAAAAGGCCUUUCAUCAUGUGUUCUCUUAACACAUCUGAAUUCUGAUGUGUAAUAUGGUAUCGGCACUACAGGAAAAAAUGCCUCCUGCCACGCCCAGAAAACCGAGGCUAUAUGCAAAAU